AAAUUAGACACAGCCUACGUCUAUGGUCCAGUUUAUUACAAAGAAGCUAAUGGUCAAGUCAAGGUGGCUGAAAUGCAACGGAAGUUCCGCCUUCGUGAAGCCCGUUGGCUCUUCUAUCCAAUCAUAAUAGUCGGAAAGUGUCUCCUCCCGAGCCAAUGAGACGAGACUAGGAAGUAAUCGCGCGACAAGGAAGGAAAACACGCCUUUAUUUUUCUUUAAACAUUCGUGUCAACAUAUUAUUAAGCAGUCUGCUUUAACAUCUCAGUGCUUGAAUCAUCACGGUUGUAUGUCUUUAAAAAUAUAGACGGUCCAUCUCAACGUUGAAAAGUUAAACAUUGCCUUCAACACGGGCAAAGUUCAUGCGCUAUGCUGCUCGUAUCAUGGAGGUAAAAGACGUGGAGAGGUGUUGCUGUGUUGUAAUUUUAACGGAAGCUUUUCCCACCAAAGCACCCGUAAGCUUUAGUGGAAUUCUCGUUCAUCCAGGAGCUGUAAUAUGCACCGGCCUCCCGUUUUUUCGUUUCAUUACCGACGAAAAACCCUCGCAUGUAAAACACCGAUUUCUGUUACGUCACGACUUCCGGGAAAAACUUCAAAUCAGCCUUACGUUUCCGUGGCGGCGUCCGUUGGAGGCUAAUCCAUGCAGACUGAACCAAGCGUGUACACCUACCAGAAGCACAACACGGCAGUACGAAGCAGAGUUGCAAAUGCUGGUCAACUGCUUGGAGUUCAAACAGGCUUUCCAGGCGAUUUUUCAGGAGGCUGACAGGUGGCGUUUCCAUAGCGACGAGGAUGAUGAGCUGACCCGAGAUGCUGACUACCUCAGCUGGUUUGCGAUACUCAAGACAGGCGAGCACCUAAAUCCAGGUGCCACCUCCUGGGAGAAGAGCUCGUGCCUUCAGAAGGGCUCACCAGUCCUGGCAUGUGGGUCGCCUUUUGGUUCUCUGUGCGUGGACCUCUUCAUCAGCACCAUCAGCAGAGGCAUCAUCAGCAACCUCGCAGGAGAGGACAACGCCGUCAUACUCACAGAUGCCCGCUGCCUGCCAGGCACAGAAGGCGGGGGCUUGUUUGCGCUGAAGGACUCAGGCCGCCUGCGCCUCAUCGGGAUGAUCGUGUCGCCAUUUGGCUGGAAGGCCACCGAGUGGAUCGGCCUCACGCUGGUCUGCUCAGUCCAGCUGAUCUUCAGGAACGUGAUCCGAUGCGCCGACGCUCAAGAUCCGCUCCGAGAUGCCUGGCUUCAUCCCGCCGAGGUCCUCCCUACUCCAGAGUCUACGGCUGGGCCGUACCCGGUCGUGUGCUUGGUGGACAGCGGGCAGCAGUGGGGCUCGGGGGUGCUUGUGACCUCUGACCUGGUUCUAACCUGCCGACACGUAGUCAACGGGAAGUCCACUGUCACUAUGAAGUUCCACCACAGGGACAGAGGCCUCGAUGGUGUAGGUGAUGUCAUCUUUUCCACGAAAGCGUCGUCACCCUACGAUGUCGCCGUGGUCCAGUUGAGAGACCCCGUCCUGGACUUCACAGUCCCUCGAAUGGCUCAGAAGUUCCACCCAGGUGAAUGUCUCUUAGUGUUGGGUUACGGCGGCUUGGGUCGCAGGUGCGGUCCAUCCUGGACAUGCGGCAUCCUCUCCAAGGUCAUCAGCCUCCACCAUCAGCCCGUCAUGCUUCAGACCACAUGUGCAGUGCAAGCAGGGGCCAGCGGGGGCGCUGUGGUGCGGGCGUCCUCCGGAGAGUUGCUCGGCAUCGUGUCCAGCAACACGAGAGACACGGCCGCCAACGUCACCUACCCACACCUCAACUUCUCCAUCCCGCUCACCGUCCUGCAAGGAUUUUUACGCCGAUUUCAUCAGCAGGGAGACGUGACUGCGUUUAAAGCGCUGGACACCACGGAGGAAGAAGUCAGAAGGGUGUGGAGGCUACAGCACGCACAGAGUAAACUGUAGGUGGCGCUGUGUUGGAGAGAAAAAGGCAGGAUGCUCAAAACCUCCUCCGCCGUCUCCUCGCCUCCUUUCUCCUCCUCGUCUUCCCAUCCCACGGCGCUGCCAGAGUCGCCGGAAUAUGCGGCUUCGUCGUCUGCGGAUGGGGGGACACAGCAUUAGGUACGCCUGCUGAAGCGGAUGACCAGCACAUUGUCACGUGCACGCGUGUUCCAUUGAACAACGGCAUGAACGGAGUGAGCCCUUUUGUCAGUCACAGUCUCGGUGGGUGGAGGCGGGGCCGCCAGCAUACACACAGAGUGCAGACGAGUGUAACGUAGCAGAAAGUCAAUAGUAGACUGCCAUAUAAUGUUAUAUAUUUUUGUACUUUUUUCCAAGUAAUGUUAGUCUCGUUUAUCGUCCCACGCCGUGAAGCGAGUGUCAGAAAGCAUGAUAGCUAUCUUUUAUGGGAUGUAAUGAGAUGGGGCCUGCAGCGCGCCGACGUUAUUGCAUUCCUUUCUCUUCGGCGUUGUCCUUCAGUCAACUUUGAAGACGAAGUUUGGCUAAUGAGAAAUGUUGCUAUCGCAGGCAGAAGGACGCUGAAAUGAGGGCACAAAGUUUGACUUUGUCCCGACUUCAAUUUGUUCCCGUGGCAGGAACAAUUCUUAUCAGGAGAAGGUUCCGUCUAAGCAGAGAACUCAUUUAUCCUAAGAAGACUUUCCUCACACUGACAAGCUUUCCAAUGCAAAUGAGUGAGAUGUCGGGGUGUGGGGGUGCUGGCGGUUGGGCCACGGAACUCACCGCAAUCCGGUUUGCCACGAAUCCUGGAGCCGGCGACUUCUCCUCCGUAUUGGUCCACGCACCAGCACUCUCCCCUGUCACACUGCAGCUUCCUGUAGAAGCCAUCCUCAUCGCAGUUUGGGAUGAAGCGACCUGACACACACACACACACACACACACACACACACACCCAUCAUGCCAUUGACAUAUUCAUGGAUUCAUGUUUGUAUUCAUGGAUGAGUGCAACAUGCUGCACACGUGACACUGGGAGGCACGCGUGUGUGCUGCUAGGGAAUGUUCUGCUGUGGAAAGCUUACAUGCGUAGAAAUCAAUGCUAGUGGACAACCACAACAUCCUCCAGUUGUUUUUCUAGAAAAAAAUAUUACUAGCAUUUUCGGGUAAAUUUACAGUUUUUUUUAACCCCUCUAAAUAUGAACUCCUUCAAUACCAAAGGCGUAGUUACACGUUUUUGUAAUCCCGAACGCCUGAUGUAUUGUCUUUUACAUUUUUUUGCACGAGAGGUGCAAAAAGAGGUGAUUGACGCAACUCUCCACUGAUGGAUUUCACUUGAGAGCAAGUUCAAGCCAUUAAAAACGGCAGAAGUGCGUUUGAUGAGAGCUCGGCAAAGAUCAUGUGGACGGAAAACUCACACGACAGGCAGGAGGGAGUGAGGAGUGCAGCGUGCAGAUGUUUGCGCAUUGUAGGGAAAUUUUAAUGUACGCGCACACGCGUGCGCACACAUGCACACACACAUUUUAGUUUCAAAUGCGAAAAUUGUAAAUAGUUAACAAUGUUAUAUUCGUAAAUAAAUUGUUAUUUUGAUGUAACAACAACCCUUGUUUGUGUUGUUUAUGUUGGUAUCGUUAAAGUGAAAAGUGAAAGUUAUGCUUGAAAUGUAUCUUUUCACAAAAAGUUGUUUUCUCCCUUUUUUAGUCAGGAACUGAUAUUUUCCUGAAACUUACCUAUGUUGUACUGCUGAUUAGUAAAGAACAGAAAAAGGUAGAAACUAAGUUUUUUUUCCUGACGAAAGACGGGAGUCUAAUGCUUCCUUUGGUCGUUUCCAUGUUUGUAUCCUGUAGCCGUACAACACAAUAUUCUGUGAGCCCUGAAAGAUCAGUGAAAAUGGUCUAAAAUGGCCGCCACUGAAGUUGUCAAAUUACAAUCUCUAAAUGCUUUUUUCCUCAACAUUCAUGUCGUGUUUUCAUUAAAGGAUAACUUUUUCUUGCAAAAUGUGUUUUUUUUCUUGAAAUAUUACAAGAUUAUCAAGCAUUUGCAACCUUUUUCUGAUAUUAGUUACAAAUAUUUAAAUAGGAAUCAUUCAAUAUGAAAAUUUGCAAUUUCUCUUGUAAUAUGCUUUUGUUGAAGGUGUGAUUUUCUCUAACCUCAUAAAGUUGUAAGUAAUAAAUUUUUUCCUCAUAAUUUUAUUCACAAAAUGACAUUCUUGAAAGAUUUUGAACUUUUUUCUGAUGUUUUCUUCUAACGUUAUUCUCGUGGUGUAGUGAUGAUUCCCCCCCCAUAUGCCAUUCUUUUUAUGAAGUUGGGAUUUGUUUUCACAAUAUUAGGCCUUUAUUCUUGAAAGAUUUACACAUUUUUUUCUUGCACUAAUGCUUGUAAUUGUAAUUUUUUUUCAGAAUCUUGGCCUUUGUCCUUGUAAAAAAAAAAAAAAAAAAGUAAUUCAUGGCUUUGGUUUAGUAAAAUUUGCCUUUAUUCUGAAAAAUUAGAUUUUUUUUCCCCAUUCGCAUAAAAUUCAGAUUUUUUUUGAAAAAAAUACAAACAAAUUACGAGAAUGAAGUCACAAUUUAUGAGGAAAAAAGUCAUAAAUCUAUGAGAAAAAGUCAUAAUAUGACCUUUGGCCAAGGCCAGAGGUCACAUAAACCCCCCGUUUUCAUAGCUGUCUCAGGCAAUGCCUGUUACAACAGAGACUUAAAAUAAUCGGAGAAUAAAGAAAAUACUCGUAAUAUUACGAGAAUAAAGUUGUACAUUUUAGGAGAAGAACUUGUAAGUUUAUGUUCCAGGCACUGCCUGAGACAGCUAUGAAAAGGGGGGGCUAUUGUGGCGGCGUUGGCCUUGGCCAUGUGGAGGGGCGGCGUGAGGAAGGCGGAAGUGAGAAGGCGUGCAUGCUAAUCUGUUUGUGCUCACCUGCUGUGUUUUGCUGCCACGUUAUAAAUAAAAGCUUGCCUGAAGCAAGAAGAAC